GCGCAACCAUUGCUACCUAUGACCAGCUGAAAGCAGCCUAUGAGGAUGGCUUUGAUCAGUGUGAUGCUGGUUGGAUUGCUGACCAGACAGUGAGGUUAGCAGCAUUUUACUGACAUAUAUUUGUGGAUUGUAUUCUGAGGUGAUGUGACAUAAGCACAAUAUUGGAUGUUUUUUUUGACUUUUUUUUUUUUUCUUUCUGCGCAGAUACCCAAUCACAAGACCGAGACAGGGCUGCUUUGGCAACCUUAAGACUAAACCUGGCGUUCGGUCGUACGGAGCCAGGAAACCAACAGAAACCUAUGACGUAUUCUGUUAUGUAGACAAACUUGAUGGUGAAGUCUACUAUGCUCCUGUGACCCAUAAGAUGACUUUUGAAGAGGCCAGUGAAGAGUGUAAAAAGAGGAAUGCUGUCCUGGCGAGCCCUGGCCAGAUCCACGCUGCUUGGCGACAGGGGCUGGACAGAUGUGACUAUGGCUGGCUCUCCGAUGGCAGCGCACGGCAUCCCGUUGCAGUACCCAGAAUUAAGUGUGGGGGAGGCCUGCUAGGUGUCCGCACCAUGUAUCGCUACAGAAACCAAACUGGCUUCCCAGAACCAUCUAACAAGCUAGGGGCUUACUGUUUCAAAGGGAGGAGAGAGAUAAUCAACCAGACCUCCUUUGUGGAUUUGUCAAUGAUACAAACUGCCACGCCGACCAUCAGUUCCACGACCUCCACUCCUUUACUGGAGAGUACCACCGCAGAGCAGUCAGCGGACUCUACAAGUCCUCCAUCUAUGUUCUCUACCAGCAUGGCUCCGCCUCGCCCCACUCCUGGUCAAGAAGAACAACUAAUCACAACAGUUGCACCCUUUAUCACGGAAGAACACGACGACACUGAUGCUCCACCACAGUUUACCAUUGGAGACUUUGUAAGUGAAUCUUCUUCCCACCGCGGUGAUGCAUUCACAGAAUCUCAGAUCAUAAAAGAAAGAACGGAUGACUCUGUGCCCGUCGAGACGCUAACCGAUCACUCAGUGAUUGAGGUCAGCACACUCCAACCCGAUGUCCUUUUACCAGAUGCUUCUCUAAGCACAGAGCCCAAGUUCGCAGAAGGAAAGACAGAGGAAGCUGUUCCAUUCACUGGGAUCCCCACAUCAGUGAUCUAUGAUCUCACUGACACUCCAACGGAUUCAACAGAACUGACCAGCGAGGAAGAAAUGAGCUCGUCAGAAUCCACACCGUCAACCUUAACUGUUCAUACAACAUCGUCCGAUCCCUUUGUUGAUUACUUCCCUGAUGAUAUUGAUAUCAGUUAUCAUGUAGAGGGAAUAGCACCUCCUCGCCAGCAGGUCACACCCUCCAGCCCAUCAGACAUAACAGAUUCUGAUUUCACAACUAAAGGAACAACAGUUCCCACAGAAACUUCCGGCACUCCAUAUAUGUGCAACACCCUACCUGCCACUGAGUCGAUCACAGAACUACCAGAGACCUUGAGUGCCGCAACACAAACCAUCCCACCAACUCGGGCUGCAGAGACACAGGCCACACCCAUGGAUGCGACAGCCGCUUCUGUCCUGAUUUCCAGUGAAACCUCAGCUGUAGAUGUGGCGUUGUCAACAUCUGCCCACGUCUUCGAUGAGUCCUCCACUCAGGAUCACAGUAGUGAAACCCUGACAGAGAAAGACACAACAACAGAGAUGGGCACAGAGUUCUUUACAUCUGCUCCCGCGUCUUCAGCUGUGGCCACCUCUCAAGGUACAGGAGUCACAGAUGAGCAGUCCAUCCAGAUGACAACAGUCAUGCAGAUUCACAGUGUGUCAGGUGACCAGACUCCACAGCCACUUGAUGCUCAGUCUCCUGUCAUACCAAUUGUACCCGACCAUCUCUCUAUACCUGACGGUGAGACAAGUGGAGAUACAGACCCUUUGCUCGAAGCUGCUGUAACCAUCACUCCAACCAUCAGCUUUAAAAAUGGUAAACAGGAGAUCACACUGGAGCCACAGAGUCCAGAAGAGAAAGAGGCCAAAGGUACACAGAUUUUGACAAAUGUGACAACUUUGGGAGCCAGCGAGGAUAUAACCACAGUGUUCGAUUCUAGCUGGAGUUAUCUCCCUGUCGUUAGCUCCAUUGAAUCUACAGAGGAACCCACAACAACACUGACCUCUACAAAGAUCCCAGAUGUAUCUGAAUAUGACACUGAUAUAAUCCCAAUAGUUGAAUCAACGUCUUCCCCCAUGAAGGAUAAACUUACAACAAAAGUCCCCACAGACAAAGACUUAAUGUCCAUUCCAGCCUCAGCAGUGGAUGAAAAGGCUUCAUCAACAACAAGACAGAAAUUUGAAACUAGUUCAGCUGCUAUAGAUGCCACUGACUUCAUUCCUACAGUAACACCAGCCAAGCCUGAGAUCACCAAAACUAAAGAAACCCAAACAGUAAAGGCUUAUAUGAUUACCUCCUCUGUCAGUAAUUCGUCUGUACAAGGAGAAGUGGACGAGACAGGGAUGACUCCCACCUAUGUGAAAAGUGACUCAAGUGUUACUCAGAGAGAGGAGGCUGAGGAUAUAUCUCCUGUUACUUUUUCAGCCAAACUUUCCACAGCCAGGGAAAAAAUGGAAACCAGAGGGGAAAACACAUCUGCCACUCCAGCUGCAAAAGACAGUACUCAGUCUCUGUUACAGACUGUGCAUAGUUCCUCCUCUGAUACUGAGGGGAAAACACCAACAUUAACUAGUGACUCACAAAGAACUACUGAGAUCCAAACCCCAAAGGAAUUUGCCUUCACCACCAUGACUCCUUCAGUAUUUAGUAGUUCAGCCCCUCCUGAACUGAUAGUCGAGACUCAGACAGCGUCAACUUUAGACAUAAACAGCACUGCAUCAUCAGCACCUAUACUGACUGAAACUUCAGAUGGUAGAGUCACAAGUCAAGGAGGAAGUACAAUCAGACAAUUACCUUCCAUCUCAACUACAGAGAUAGUUGAUGAAAUGUCUACACCAGAUGAGGAGGGUUCAGCUGUACAAACAGUGAACACUUUUACAACAAGUCCUCAGUCACAUACCUCAGUACACCCUGCAACACCCUCCAUAGCCUUAAGCCUUGCACAGAAAAUACAAACAGCAGGCACAGAUGAAACAUCCAUUACAGCCACUAGUGUAUUGGAAACUUCAACAGCUACCAUUACACAUGAAGAAAGGGAAAAAGUAGAGACAAAAACAGAUUCCCCCUUACAUACUGCUUUUGAAAUUAUUAUGACAACAAUGGCCUCAUUUACUGAUUUUUUCAGCGAGCACUCAACAGUGAAACAAGGAGUGUCAGGAGUUACUGAACUGCCAGACCAAACAGUGUCUACAGGUGAGGAAAUUGUCACUGUUGUCACAGACGAUAAGACUUCAUUAGAUCAAACUACAAAUAGAGCUUCAACAGUGGAAUUCUUAAAUGUAUCUGGGGAGACUGCUGAAACGCAAACUUUGUCAACCACAACCUCAGAAAUUGCAUCAGGCUUCACUUCUUCAGAAACAUCUGGAGAUCGCAGUGAUUUAAAUGUACUUUCCACUAUUUCUUCAUUCUUAAGAUCAGUUGCUCCUGCAGUUAUUAAUGCUUCAGAGUCUUCAUCAAUCUACAAUACGGGAAAAUCAGUAUCACCUGAUGAACAAGAGACUAUGAGCACCAGUAAGACUGAGGAAACGUCAUUAACACAGACAGUGUCAGCUGAACCACAAGAGACUGUUACCCCGAGUAAGUCGGAAGAUGUUUCAGUAACUUCUCAGGAAAGUUCCACUUUCUGGACACCAGAUGAAGACAGCUCAGGUGAACCUACAACUCAUGUCUCCAGUAAACACACAACAGUUCCUACAGGUUCCUCAUUAUUAAGUACAGAGACACCAACUCCUCACUCAGAACAGGCCAAAGACAGUGCUCACACAGAUCAGACAGAGACAUCCUCUGUUACUGCUGUUACGGAUGAGACUGACAAAUCUCCAGUCAUGACUAUAGUAGAUACAGAGAGUUCAGGUGACCAAACCACCGACAUGUUUACACCAACGGCUUCUGCCGGACCUACAUCUUCAUCUUUGUACAGUACCGAGGAACCAACAACAGUAUCACCUGGACCAAGUGCAAGUAUUGAAACAGAUAAGACAAAAGUACCAUUAGUGACAGAUGAGUCAUCAGUUUCUCCAAUAACAAGCUCAGAGACCGUGUCUCCUAGUUUGUCACCUGUCCUUUCCUCAACUGUUGGAGACAAAGACAUCAGUAGUCAGUCUUCAACAGCAGAAUCGAUUUCUUCCAUCAGCACAUCAACUAUGGAACCCACAACCACAACACUUUUCAUGUUUGUUGAGACAGAGGGCUCUAAAGACCAAAAGGAGGACUUUACUAUUGAUUCGUUGACUGUAUCAACCACUGUCUCUUCGGUCACCAGAAAAGAGACUACAGCCAUGUCCAUGUCAGAAGAAAGUGAAACAGGGGACACUUCAAAGACAGCUGGGACCACGGCCUCGUCACUCUUCAGUACUGAGAAACCAACAUCAGUGUCAGCUGGACCACAAGAGACUGUUACCCCGAGUAAGUCGGAAGAUGUUUCAGUAACGUCCCAGGAAAGUUCCACUUUCUGGACACCAGAUGAAGACAGCUCUGGUGAACCUACAACUCAUGUCUCCAGUAAACACACAACAGUUCCUACAGGUUCCUCAUUAUUAAGUACAGAGACACCAACUCCUCACUCAGAACAGGCCAAAGACAGUGCUCACACAGAUCAGACAGAGACAUCCUCUGUUACUGCUGUUACGGAUGAGACUGACAAAUCUCCAGUUGUGACUAUAGUAGAUACAGAGAGUUCAGAUGACGAAACCACCGACAUGUUUACACCAACGGCUUCUGCCGGACCUACAUCUUCAUCUUUGUACAGUACAGAGGAACCAACAACAAUAUCACCUGGACCAAGUGCAAGUCUUGAAACAGAUAAGACAAAAGUACCAUUAGUGACAGAUGAGUCAUCAGUUUCUCCAGUAACAAGCUCAGAGACCGUGUCUCCUAGUUUGUCACCUGUCCUUUCCUCAACUGUUGGAGACAACGACAUCAGUAGUCAGUCUUCAACAGCAGCAUCGAUUUCUUCCAUCAACACAUCAACUAUGGAACCCACAACCACAACACUUUUCAUGUCUGUUGAGACAGAGGGCUCUGGAGACCAAAAGGAGGACUUUACUAUUGAUUCAUUGAUUGUAUCAACCACUGUCUCUUCAGUCACCAGAAAAGAGACUACAGCCAUGUCCAUGUCAGAAGAAAGUGAAACAGGGGACACUUCAAAGACAGCUGGGACCACGGCCUCGUCACUCUUCAGUACUGAGAAACCAACAUCAGUGUCAGCUGGACCACAAGAGACUGUUACCCCGAGUAAGUCGGAAGAUGUUUCAGUAACUUCUCAGGAAAGUUCCACUUUCUGGACACCAGAUGAAGACAGCUCUGGUGAACCUACAACUCAUGUCUCCAGUAAACACACAACAGUUCCUACAGGUUCCUCAUUAUUAAGUACAGAGACACCAACUCCUCACUCAGAACAGGCCAAAGACAGUGCUCACACAGAUCAGACAGAGACAUCCUCUGUUACUGCUGUUACGGAUGAGACUGACAAAUCUCCAGUUGUGACUAUAGUAGAUACAGAGAGUUCAGAUGACGAAACCACCGACAUGUUUACACCAACGGCUUCUGCCGGACCUACAUCUUCAUCUUUGUACAGUACCGAGGAACCAACAACAAUAUCACCUGGACCAAGUGCAAGUCUUGAAACAGAUAAGACAAAAGUACCAUUAGUGACAGAUGAGUCAUCAGUUUCUCCAGUAACAAGCUCAGAGACCGUGUCUCCUAGUUUGUCACCUGUCCUUUCCUCAACUGUUGGAGACAACGACAUCAGUAGUCAGUCUUCAACAGCAGCAUCGAUUUCUUCCAUCAACACAUCAACUAUGGAACCCACAACCACAACACUUUUCAUGUCUGUUGAGACAGAGGGCUCUGGAGACCAAAAGGAGGACUUUACUAUUGAUUCAUUGAUUGUAUCAACCACUGUCUCUUCAGUCACCAGAAAAGAGACUACAGCCAUGUCCAUGUCAGAAGAAACUGAAACAGGGGACACUUCAAAGACAGCUGGGACCACGGCCUCGUCACUCUUCAGUACUGAGAAACCAACAUCAGUGUCAGCUGGACCACAAGAGACUGUUACCCCGAGUAAGUCGGAAGAUGUUUCAGUAACUUCUCAGGAAAGUUCCACUUUCUGGACACCAGAUGAAGACAGCUCAGGUGAACCUACAACUCAUUUCUCCAGUAAACACACAACAAUUCCUACAGGUUCCUCAUUAUUAAGUACAGAGACACCAACUCCUCACUCAGAACAGGCCAAAGACAGUGCUCACACAGAUCAGACAGAGACAUCCUCUGUUACUGUUGUUACGGAUGAGACUGACAAAUCUCCAGUGUGA